AUGGUCCUCAAGGCAUGCGAUCGAUGUUAUUCAAGCAAGGAAAAAUGUACCUUUACCGGCACUGAUUCACAGUGCACCCGGUGUCGACGCCUCAAAAUCGCCUGUUCGACCUCGCGACGAAACAGGCGCAUCGGGCGGCGACCAGCCGCAAAGGCCUUUCCUCAUGGGGAGAUGCAGGUCUGGAGUGUGGACUCGGACCAACCGUUUGGGACGCGCUCACCACCACCACAACCGCGAUCGCAACAAAUUACCUCCCCCAUCUCCACUGAUGGAGCGUCCUCGACGAAAGCGUCGCUCAUCCGACGUGCCAAAUCAAUAUCGCCAUCAAAUGAGUCUGUCGAAGAGGUACCCAACACCCCGCGGUAUCCAACGCCGAUCAUCGCGCCCGAGAGGUUGCUGGCAUCCUCGACGAGCCUGCGAACGGCGUCCGAUGCUUUGCGGACGGUCUCCGAUCCGCAGCAAUUUUCUGUGAUUCAUCUCCCCUUCAUGUUGGGGCCGAGCUUUGUCUCUGAAUCGCAAACCACGGUCUACCAGAUCUUGCGCUACUCGGGUCCCACACUCACGGAGGGGUAUCUGGCGUUUCUCGGCAUGAUGACCCAGUAUCAACGAUCCCUCGUGCUGCGACAGCAGGAGCCCGACAUGCUGAAAGCGGCCAAGGGUCUCCAGCGACUGCGAGACGUCAAAAUUACCCAGGACUACGACGCGGCGUGUGCGCUCUUCUUGGGUCAGACCAUGUACGUAUUCAAUGUGUUGACGGCACCCCACUCGUCUUCCGCGCAUGCCAUUGUGCGCAGUGCUCUCAUGUCGGCCAAGCCCUGGGUGCCGAGACUGGUGCAUGUCCCGAUGAUGGACACGGUGCUCAUGACCCCCAUGUUGAUUGACACGGUCGAGUGCUUGGUCCGACGAGAGGUACCCAUCAUCCGCAUGCCCCCCACGGAACGGGUAAUUGUGGACCGCUACGCGGGCGUCUGUGCCACCCUCUUACCUCUGCUGUAUGAUCUCUGUGUGUGUAGCCAUACGAUGCGAACGAGCGUGCUCGCCGUGGGGGAGUCGCCCUCGGAGAUAUAUGAACAACUGGCCGAUGUAGAACGGAUGAUUUUGGACUGGAAACCUCCGCAGCCGCCGGAUCUGCUCGCCCAGCGCGGACAGUGGGAGGUCCUGGCGAUGAUGACGCAGGCGAAUGCCUACCGUCUGGCGGCCUUGCUGGUGAUUCACCGUCUCCGAUACCCGCUGGGGGUCGAGGACGAGACGGGGCGGGACCUGGCCAUCAGUGUCUUUACGAUCAUUUCCCAAUUCGCACAGUCCGCCGCACAGCAUACGUCGGCACUCCCGGUGGUGUUCCCGUUGACCAUGGCGAUGAUUGAGGUGGAAGGACCGGGCGAGGAGAUUUGGGAGCAGCUGUCACUCUUUACAGUCCAGAGCUCGAGCGCCACGCGGCUGCGCGGAUUCAUUUCCCAGGUUCGUGCCUGUCGGGAAAGUCGGUACGAGGGUCUUUGGUUUGAUUUGGUCGAUACCCGGCUCGAUGUUGCGAUGCCUCCAUAG